CGUCAGUGUCAUUUGCGCAGCCGCAGUGACAGAUUGAAGGAAGAAGGUCCGGCGCUCACCUUCGCCUUGUGUGUCCGCUGAAUACAUCGGCGUUCUCUUUGCUUCAGCGGGCCGCCAUGGCGGAUUUUGACAGCUUGAGCUCGUCGGAGAAGGCGGAGGCGGCGGAGCUGCAACGGAUGAUCGCAGUGGAGCAGCAGAAAGCGCAGUUUCAGGCGCAGGUGCACACGUUCACUGAUGUCUGCUGGGACAAAUGUGUGGACACUCCCGGCUCCAAACUGGACCACCGGACGGAGACCUGCCUUGUGAGCUGCGUGGAGAGGUUCAUCGACACCACCCUGACCAUCACCAACCGCUUCACGCAGAUGGUGCAGAAGGGCGCUCACUGAGGACGGACUGGUGGACCAUGCUCUCAUCAGUGCAGACUGUGACCAUCUCCCCUGAAUGAGUGUCACUGCUGGUUCCUUUGAGAUGGAGACCCAUCCCUGUUUAGCAUCUCCACUUAAAAAUCCCAACAACACGUGGUUCAUUCAUCAGCCUCCACCAAAACCUCAGCGAUUCUGUAUUUAUUGCUCCCAUCUGUCAUUUGUUGUCCUGUAUAAAUAAAGUUUUUAAAAUGUUAAAAA